AUGGAUCUUGCUUUCUACAGCACCAGUGACAACAGGAAGCGCACAGCAGAAGAUACGUCAACGGCCACGGAACUAUAUGCAUUGCAUUCUCAGGAUCCUGCGCCCCGCGUCCUCCGUCGCCACCAUCACCGACAUCGCAAUGCUGCUUCCGAAAUGUGGGGUCUAGACAUUCCCUCCUCUCAAACGGACUCUCCCCCUCGGAAUGACACCCAAAAGCCGCCAUUCAGCGUCUACAAGGCUAUCCUCCGGCACAAAAACCUCUUCUUUCAGUUUGCUCUACGCCUGCCGUAUUCUUCUGUUAUCGACCUUUACGCCAUUGACAAGGAGUUUCACUAUCGCCUUAACAAGUACAGUGUCUCGCUCAUUCACGACUAUGCCCGGCGCAAUGCUCCUCUGGCCGGUCACAUUUUCAGCUGGGUGCUGUACCCGCAGCUAUGCAUUUCAGACCCGAUGCUCAGACCAAUGAACGAGCGACAGUGGCUAGCGCGAGAUGUGCCCGGCUUCCGCUGGGUCGGCAUGAUACUCUGGCGCCAGAACAUUGUUCGAUCCAUCCUUACAAUCCUUAGCAUGGAGGGCCAUCGGGUGCCGGCUGCAUGCGAAGCUACACUUAUGAAGUUUUGGUGCCUCAUGGAGAUGAAGACCACAAAGCUGCGCCUCUCUUUCCUCAACGACAAGGAGAUCUGGGCUGAUGAUGACAUUAUCAACUUUCAGCUUCUUCUUGUGAAGCUCGAUAUGCGCUUUUCAGGCCCUAUUCUAGGAAACGGCUGUUGUGAGCUGGCGUCUAUGCUGCUCAGCCAGAAGAGUUUAAGCACGUUGUGGAAGGUACUGAGUGGCAAGCUCAAGUUGAACUACGAAACAACGUCUAGUAUGGUGGCCGAGACAUACCACGCAGAUGAACUUGACAUACAAAUGCAGGCUUUGCUUCAAGAUAUGACGGAUGAAGAGGGUGAUCCACUAGGUCUUUUGGCUCGUGAGGGCUGGCACAGGGACGGUGCUAAAAUGGAGCAUGCAGUCGACAUGGUCAUUGCCGAGGGCAUCAGAAGGGACCUGCAUGUCCAACAGUACUAUAUGGAUUUUAUUCUCUAUGGCUUUAUGGAUGAGGGAACCGGGAAGAAUGUGCCUGUGCCGAGACAGCUGAGGGGUGAGAGGAAUGUGAAGCUUCAAAAUGAAGGAUGGCCAGAGAAGAAGUUGAGAGAUGACACCAUUAAAGAGCUAGAUGUCCGCUUUGGGGUUGUCGAGAGCAAAAAAGGGGAUGCGAUGGAUACCAGCACUUGA